AUCAACAUGAACGACGCCGCUUUAAUUGAGGAUUGGAACAGCAUUAUUCCAUUCAAAAUCAAAGCCAAUGAGCUGGAAACACCCACAGAAAAGUUUCUAUUCAAGUGCGUGUUAAGUAUUUUCAAGCUUAUGCAUUACGAUGUGUCUAAUUACGAAUAUAUGUACAACGAACCAUUCGAUAUUUUAAUGGUCAGGCGAGUGGAGUUUGUGGCCCGUAUCAAUUACAUUUACCAACUUUGUUCGGACUCCAAACAAACGUCGUAUUUCUUCGUUGAUCUUGUCAAACCAACUGCCAAAAAAGUGAAGCAUUUACUUAAGAUCCUUCUUAACUAUCUGUUUUACAUCAACAUGGUUAAAGAGACUGUGUUGGAAAAGGCUAACCGGUGCACAGAAAAGUACAACGAGUUGAAGUCAAAACUCAACCAAGAGCAGAUAGUGAAGGAAGAAAUCCAAAUUCGGGCAAAUAAUAUGAACCGCGACAUCGAUGAGUUAAAGAACAAGCUUCCACAGAUUAAUCAGCACAUUGAAGCACUUGUUGAGAGCCACAAGUUGAUGCGCGGAAAACUGGCAGUACUUGAAGCAAAGGACCAGGAUAUGAUUGAGAAAAUACUAAACCUGAAAAAGCAAUUGUUGCAAUUGGCAGAACAUAAAGUUACAGACGACGAGGCUUUGGCACUCAUAGAGAAGAAAGAAGCUCUCGAACGAGAACUUAUUAUGCUCACGGAAAAUGAGAAUCAACUACAGGAAAAUAAUGCCAUUCAUGCGGCGUCCAUUCACAAAAUGCAGCCAUGCAUCAUUUUAUUGGAGAAACUGUCCCAAUACGAGUUUGAUACAUCGUGUCGGACAUUGCAAAACGAGCUGAAACAAAUGAAGCUAUCGAUCGAUCAGGCGGAACAAAGAUUUCAGAAGUUGAAAAACAUUUCAGAUGGACUAACGAACAGUUGUAAAGAGAUGGAAGCGUACAUCGCCGACAAACAAACCGAAUUUUACGCUCGCAACAAAGUGGUGAAGAAAGUAGAACAAAAACACGUUCUAAAACUACGUUCGUUGGAGACAGAGGUAUCAGAACUGGAAGAAACAGACGAGAUGUUUAUGGACAUUAUGAAAAAAGAAGAAAAGGAACUGGAAAUGAUCGAGAAUAUGAAACAAGAAACCUUAGAUUUCAUUGAAAACAAACAUUAA